ACUCAAUUCUAGAUUUCUCUCCUCAAUAUUCCUUGCCAAAAAGAAAUGGAUCUUCCCUGGUAUUCUCUUCUAAUUCCUCUGCUCUUCUUCAUUUUCUUCCUUCAUCAAUGGUUCUUUAGUACUUCAAAUAACAAAAAAAGGUUACCACCAUCUCCAAGAAAGCUUCCAAUCAUAGGAAAUCUGCACCAACUAGGGCCGCUUCCUCACCGUUCUCUCCAUAAACUAUCAGAAAAAUAUGGUCCACUGAUGCUACUUCACUUGGGCAGUAAGCCAGUGCUUGUUGCUUCCUCUGUCGAUGCUGCUCGCGAUGUCAUGAAAACGCACGAUCUCGUCUGGUCAAACAGACCUAAAUCUAGAAUGGCUGAUAGACUCUUUUAUGGCUCCAAGGAUGUGGCCUUUAGUCCCUAUGGUGAAUACUGGAGACAAAUUAAAAGCAUCACCGUGCUUCACCUUCUCAGCAACAAAAGAGUCCAAUCUUAUCGUGAUAUCAGAGAAGAAGAAACAUCGAGUAUGAUUGAAAAAAUCAGAGAAGAUUGUGGUUCUUCGAGUUCAGUGAUUGAUCUAAGAGAUCUUUUCUGCUGUAUGACUAAUAACAUAGUUAGCAGAGUGGCCUUAGGGAGAAAAUAUAAUAAAGGAGAAAGUGGAAUUAAUCCUAAGGUCACCCUUGAUGAAGCUGGUGAACUUUUGGGUACUUUUAACGUUGGGGAUUAUAUUCCAUGGCUUGUAUGGGUUAAUAAAAUCAUUGGUUUGGACGCCAAAGUGGAGAAAGUAGCUAAAGAGUUGGAUACAUUUUUGGAGAGUGUGAUUGAAGAACACAUUAUUAGGAACAAGAAAGGAGAAAACCGUGCAGGUGAAGCUAAAGACUUCGUGGACGUUUUGUUGGAAAUUCAAAAUGGAAAAGAAACUGGAUUUCCUCUUCAAAGGGAUUCAUUGAAGGCUCUCAUCUUGGAUAAUUUUGCUGCUGGUACGGACACAACGUAUACAGCUUUAGAGUGGAUAAUGACAGAGCUUUUGAGGCAUCCAAGAGCCAUGGAAAAAUUACAAAAUGAAGUGCGAGGAUUAGCCCAAGGGAAAGCGGAGAUAACUGAGGACGACUUAGGAAAUAUGCGUUAUCUGAAAGCAGUGAUCAAAGAGGCUCUCAGGCUUCAUCCACCAGUUCCACUACUAGUUCCUCGAGAAUCAACAGAAGACAUAAAAUUACUUGGCUACCAUAUAGCUGCUAAAACUCAAGUCAUUAUCAAUGCUUGGACAAUCGGAAGAGAUCCUUUAUCAUGGGAAAAUCCAGAGGAGUACCGGCCAGAAAGGUUCUUAAAUAGUAAUAUUGAUGUUAAAGGACUAAACUUUGAGUUGAUUCCCUUCGGAGCUGGUAGAAGGGGCUGCCCAGGAGUUGCUUUUGCUAUUGUGAUAAAUGAGCUAGCAUUAGCAAGGCUUGUGCACAAGUUCAAUUUUUCAUUGCCAGGAGGGUUGAAACCGGAUGAUUUGGAUAUGACUGAAAGCAGUGGCAUCACUAGUCGUAGGAAAUCACCUUUGCUAGCAGUGGCCACUCCAUGCUCUAGUUAUUAUUAGGAGUGUGUUUAUCUCCAUUUAGUCCUAUAUAUUAUGCAGAUCACUUAUCUUAAUUGCCAAUAUAUGCCAUGGAACAUUUUUGCUAAUAACUUCACAUGAUGUGAAAUAAGUGUACUGAUCGAUUCCCUUUCUGAUUGUUUUAUACAUUGGCCAAAUAGUUCAAGCUA